AUGCCAGGAAAAAGAAUUGCAGUGAUUGGUGCUGGGGUCAGUGGAUUAAGUGCCAUUAAGAGCUGUUUGGAGGAGGGACUCGAGCCAACUUGUUUUGAAGGAAGCAGUGACAUUGGGGGACUGUGGCGAUAUGAGGAGAAGCCUGAGGGUGGCAGGCCAAGUAUCUAUAAAUCUGCCACCAGCAACACUUCCAAGGAAAUGACUGCCUACAGUGAUUACCCUUUUCCUGAUCAUCAUCCCAACUACUUGCACAAUUCCAAAAUCAUGGAGUACCUCAGGAUGUACACCAAACACUUUCACCUUAUGAAAUACAUCCAGUUUCUGUCAAAGGUGUGCAGUGUGAGGAAGCGCUCUGACUUCUCCUCCACGGGACAAUGGGAUGUUGUGGUAGAGGCUGAAGGGAAGCAGGAAUCCUAUGUCUUUGAUGGGAUCCUAGUGUGUACUGGCCUUUAUACUGAUCCCUUCUUACCAUUCGAGAACUUUCCAGGGAUCAAGAGGUUCAAAGGUCAAUAUAUCCACAGUUUGGAAUACAAGAGGCCAGAUAAAUUUCAGGAGAAGAGAAUUAUUGUGAUCGGCAUUGGAAAUUCUGGAGUUGAUUUAGCGGUUGAGCUCAGUCAUGUAGCUGAACAGGUGUUCCUCAGCACAAGGCGGGGUGCAUGGAUUUGGAACCGGGUCUGGGAUUAUGGGAUGCCCACGGACACUAUUCUUUUCACUCGUUUCAACUCUAUCCUCAAAAAAUUCUACCCAACAUCUUUAAUGAACAGAUGGGCAGAGAAUAAAUUAAAUGCACGAUUUAACCAUGACAUUUAUGGUUUGCAACCUCAACACAGAUUUCUGAGUCAUCAGGCUACUUUCAGUGAUGAUCUACCCAACCACAUAAUUUCUGGAAGAGUUUUGAUGAAACCAAAUGUAAGAGAGUUCACUGAGACGUCAGUUAUCUUUGAAGAUGGCACAAAAGAGAACAUUGAUGUUAUCAUUUUUGCCACAGGAUAUACUUUUUCUUUCCCUUUUUUGGAAAACAAUUCAACAAUUCUGGACAGCCAUCACUCCAUGUUUAAAUUUGUCUUCCCUCCUCAGCUAGAGAAGGCAACACUAGCUUUCAUCGGCAUCCUCCAGCCAGUGGGAGCCACCAUUCCCACAUCAGAACUCCAGAGCCGAUGGGCUGUACGUGUAUUCAAGGGAUUAAACCAAUUACCUUCAGUGAGUGACAUGGUGGCUGACAUAACAAAGAAGAGAAAAAAAAAUGAAAAAGAAUUCCUGAAUAAUCCCCGUGAUACACGCCGAGUGCAGUAUGUGGAUUACAUGGAUGAAAUUGCCUCUGAAAUCGGAGUGAAACCCAACCUGUUCUCACUGUUCCUGUGGGAUCCAAAGCUGGCCAUGGAGGUUUUCUUUGGUCCGUGCACCCCAUACCAGUACCGCCUGCAGGGCCCAGGGAAGUGGGCUCAGGCCCGGGAAGCCAUCCUGACCCAGAGAGAGCGAAUCAUCAAGCCCCUGAGGACUCGCAUCCUCAGCUCUGGCCAGCAUCCCUCAUCUGCACCGCUUUGGCUUAAAAGUAUCUGUGCAGCCCUUCUCCUUUUCAUUCUCACUAUCAUCAUUAUUAAAGGAUAA